AUGCCGGAGAAUGCGGUGGUAAGGCGCUAUCGUCUCACUCCUCAGGUCAUCCUAGACCUGGUUGACUGUCCUGGAGACAGUUUUGUUGUAAACGCGUACAUCACACGGCGAGGUUUGGAGGAGUGUGACAAAUACAACGGACUCGAAAACAGAGUCAGAGAUAAACAGGAGUUGCUGAAUGAGGAGCUGAAGAAUGGGCAUUUUCUUGAUAAUCACUGCCCCCUAGAGGUGGCGCUACCUCCAGAAAAGGCUGAGGGCUGUGCAGGUUAUAUGCCAUUUAUCCUUCAAGAAGAUGGAGAGAAAGCUAUUAUUAAAGACCCUAACAAAGGAUCAGGAAAGAAGAGAAUACAUCUGGAUGAGCUGGAGUGUGAUGUGUCAGUAGAGGAUGACAAUCGACAAGAAUGGACCUUUACUCUGUAUGACUUUGAUAACAGCGGGAAAGUAACCAAAGAGGAUAUGUCCAGCCUGAUGCACACCAUUUAUGAAGUGGUGGAUGCCUCAGUGAAUCAGUCCUCAAAUAACAGCAAGACUUUAAGAGUGAAGCUGACUGUCACUCCGGAACCCUGCAGCAAGAAGAAGGACAUGCCUCUUGCAGGACAAGAUCGGGAAGGAAGUCGCUGUCGAAAUGAAACAGAGUACUUGGAAGAUGGAAGGACUGGAGACAAAAGGCUAUCUGCUCAUAUUAGAAAAAACAAUGGCGAACAAACCCCAAACAAUGAAGGGGAUCAUUACUGUGUUGAUGAGAACACUGAAAGAAGGAACCAUUACCUUGAUUUGGCUGGAAUAGAGAACUACACUUCUAGGUUUGAUGCAGGGUCACCACCUUCACAACCCAGACAGGAAAAUCAUGGGAAAAGCUCCCACUCUCAGAACAGGUCCCGUUCACAGGAGUCUGAAGCGCACAACAUCCACCAUCGACGGUCCCAGUUACUGUCAGAUUACUUACUACAUGCUGGGGAGCCCAUGGGCAGGGGCUUGGAUGUGCUGCAGAGGGGAAAAGGCCAGGAAAAACAGUUUGUAAAGUCUCCUAAAGGGAUUUCGAAAAACCCUGGAGUACCUGCUGUAAAUAAUGGGGGCAAGUUGAGCAAAGGCUAUAACUACUACAUGCCACAAAGGGCCUCACAGGCAGGACUGGCUGGGCAAGAUGUCUAUCACCUCCAGCCUCAACAGCAGCAGCAGCACGGCCACAAGAAGUACAGGCAAAAGGCCAGAGAUGCCCACUCGCCACUGAAGGCUUCUCACCCCCAACCUACAGUGACGGAGCAUGAGUUGAAGAGGGAUUUACCACCAGUCCUUACCAACGAGGGCUAUGUUAUGCCAGUUGUACAAAGACAUGAACAUCACCAUCACCAUGAACACCACCAUCACCACCACUACCACCACUACCACCAGUCAUGACCGGCACCUUCUUUUGGGAAAUGUUACAAAAUGGAUGUUUGUUACAGCCAGUAUUUCGAUUAUAGAUACCUGCAGUAUGAGCUUUUUUGGAUACCCACAAGGCUCUGUUACUUACCAUACCUACCAGAUCAGUUCACAACAUACAGAAAUUUGUGAUAUUGUGUUUAUUCAGUGUUAAAUCUUUUUUUUUUUUUUU